CAGACUUCAAAAAGGACUGGUCAGAUCACGCGUUGUGGUGGCCUACGCGCAACACAUGGCUCUCCCGCCCAAAGCACACCUUGGACCAAUACGGCGUCCACGCGGACGCUGCCCUUCACUUCACCCCCAUGCACAAACCUUUGAGGAUCCAGCUCCCGGACCUCAGAUAUAUCGACUGCAAGAUCGACUUCUCCAUCGACACAUUCAGUGCUGUUAUUCAGCUUUGCAAACAUCUCGGUAUAAGACAUCCAGAAGAACUAUCCCUCUGCUACCCUCUGGAGCAGUCCCACCUAAAACAGAACUACCAGAACCUGAAAGAGGCGAAGAGGAUAAAGUCCUCCCAGCCUCCGGACACAAACACUUUCAUAGCAGCGACUAGAGGUUCCUCUAAUAGCCUGGACAGGUCUAACGGCCCAUGUCCUGCCACGCCCCCGCCCCCUCGGUCAUUGUCCGCCACGCCUGUGGCUUCUCAACAGAACGGGACACUUCGCCGCUACGGCGGGCACAUCUACAGCACGCAGAGCGACGGGUCGAGCGACGGUGGCUACUGUGGCACUCCACCCCGCGCAGCCUCCCUCGACGCCCUGGACGCCCUAGCUGAACUUUCCCUGGCCGACUCGCCCCUGGAGCCAGACAGCCAGUCUAGAGAGUCCCUGUUAACGCCCAAAUCUCUGAUGGAGCGCGCUAGGAUGAAUGUUGGGUGGUUAGACUCAUCGCUCUCCAUAAUGGAACAGUAUGUCCGCGAGUGGGACACCCUACAGCUGCGGUUCAAGUUCUACUCUUUCUUCGACCUGACGCCGCGCGCGCAGGACGCGCCGCGCCUCAACCAGCUAUACCAGCAGGCGCGCUGGCAAAUCCUCAACCAGGAGGUGCAUUGCACCGAGGAGGAGAUGCUCCUCUUUGCUGCUCUACAGCUCCAAAUCGAGCUCCAAACCCUCGCCGGGGGCAGCAUAGACGCGCCAGACGGCGCCCACAACACGUCCGCCGCGGCCCCCGAGGACGAGAUUGACGCGGCCCUCAGCGAGCUGCAGGCCCAACUGGAGGGCGGGCCCCCGGCCCGGCCGGACAUCACACACGUGCCUGAGUUGGCCGGAUACCUCAAAUAUCUCAGGCCGAAACGUUUCACCCUAAAGGCGUAUAAGCGCGGGUGGAUAUCUUGCCGUGAUGGUGUCUUGCGUAUACACUCGUCACGCGAAGCCGCGGGCAAAGGCGAACCACCGUCUUAUGCGGUUGAGCUGCGCGGUGCCGAGGUCACGCCAGACGCGCACCCGGCAUCAGGCCGCUACAGCAUCAAGUUGGAGGUGCCCUCAGACGACGCCAUGCACGAGAUGUGGCUCAAGUGCGAGAAUGAGGAUCAGUACGCGGAGUGGGUGGCGGCGUGCCGGCUGGGGUCCCGCGGGCGCUCGCUGGCGGACGCGGCGUUCAGCUCGGAGGCGGCGGGCGUGCGCGCGCUGCUGGCGCUGCAGCGGCCCGCGCCCGCCGCCGCGCUGGCCGACCACAGCGUGCCGCACAUCGACCACCUGCAGCCCGCCAGCUACCUCGCGCCGCGCUUCCUCAAGAAGCUCAAGGGGAAGUUCACCCAACGCAUCCUCGAGAGCCACGCGAAUGUCAAAGAUCUACCGCUACUGGAAGCGAAACUCCAGUACAUCAAGACUUGGCAGAACCUCCCAGACUACGGGCAGACACUGUUCGUGGUGCGCUUCAUGGGCCACCGCAAGGACGAGCUGAUCAGCAUCGCCAACAACCGCAUCAUGAGGCUGGAUCCUAACACCGGAGACCACAUCAAGACCUGGCGGUUUAGUACUAUGAAGGCAUGGAAUGUGAAUUGGGAAAUCAAACAUAUGAUGGUUCAAUUUGAGGAAGGCAACAUAAUCUUCUCCGUUCAGUCAGCUGACUGCAAAGUUGUUCACGAGUUCAUUGGUGGCUACAUAUUCUUAUCUAUGCGUUCUAAGGAUGCCAACCAGACGUUGGACGAAGAACUCUUCCACAAACUCACCGGUGGUUGGACGUAAAUGUAUGGAUGUUUUCAGGUCGACAAGUUAUUGUUUAAAGGCAGUUGUUUGGGGAAAUAUUUGAAAAAUAUACUUUUUAACUUCAACCCAUCACAAUGUGACAACGCUAAUAUUUUGUGUAAAGGUGAGGGGACAGGUAUAUGUCACGCACGAGAGAUAAAAUUGUAAUGAUGAUGCUCUCUUUUAUUGUCGUGCGUAACAUGUGAUGGGUUUUAUGUUGACAUGGUAUGAUAAUUUAUAGAGAUGGGCCGAGUACUCGUUUGAUACUCGAUAUUCUGCGUACUCGGCGGGUUUUUUGAUACUCGUACUCGGGCGAAUAACUCGGUUAUUUGAUAACGAGUAUAACGCCAUUGGUAAAUAACAAACGUUUCCAAUUAUUUAUUUACUAUGACGCGCAACAUGAUGUGUUUGUUUGCAAACAAUCAAGUGACUAGUAGUUGAAAGGCGUGGGCGGGGUGAUGGGUGUAUCAACGCGAGCCGACGUCUUGACCGGCGCAAACCUGUUUGUACUUGUUACUCGGCCGAGUACUCGGUUGAAAAAAAAUUGAGCCGAGUAAAACUCGGUACUCGUUCCUCGGCAAAAGUGUUACUCCGCGCAUCUCUAAUAAUUUAUAAGGUAGAUGUCAUUAUGAAUAUCAGUUUUGGUAAAUAUUUGUGCACUUUAUGCCGUCAUUUAUAACGAAUUGAAAUCUAUUUCACACUACUAUUUCUCCUCUCAACUGUCACGUUUGGACACAACUUUCUUAUAAAAAUUUUAAUUUCACCAGGCCUUAGUAUGUGCCUUGAAGUGACGGUAGUUCAAAUUAGAGACAAGAGCCGUUUGCGCGUUUCCCAAUACCCUUUAGGAAGCCACAAACGCCUGCAAUAACAAGGGAAUGCAAAGCGAAUGUUGUAAAGUGAAAUUAAUACAUCACUUUCUAAAGUCUUAUAUCUCAAAUCGGAACUAAAUUCUUCAUAUAAAUUUAUUACUUCGAAGUAAUAAACAAGUAUCUAAGUAUUUAGCGUAUUUGACAUAAUUAUGCGAAAGUAAAUAGAGUACAUAGGAUUGUUAAUCAAAUUUAUUGUAUUUUUAUACCAAUAUAGCAUUAAUCAUGUUAUUAUGAUUCGGUUAAAUCAAUUAUUUAGAUCUUUAAUAGUAGUGCUUCCAAUAACUUUCUAAAUUAGCU